AUGGCAGAGGUUCUAUGUUUAAGUUAUUCAUUAAGCACGCCUAGUACAAUACUUGGACCAAUUCUUAAUAUUCAUAAUGAACCACCAUGUUCUUAUCAACAAAAAUUUUGGGAUAAAACUCAAAUAAACAAUCCAAAUUAUCAUCCAAAUUAUUUCACUCGUUUCAAGCAAUUGAUAUCCCAUCUCUUCAUUAAAGGUAAUCAAGAACAAGAUACCAAUCAUCCAACAAUUAUUGCUAUUGAUACUCUGAAAGUUGGAGUUUCAUUAUCAUCAAAAUUAGAUUUAUUAAAAUUUGAAGAUAAAUCCCUACUAUUAAAAUAUUUUUUCAAUCAUUUAAAUGUUAUUGUGGUUGAUUUGAAAAGUUUAGAAUCAAUGGAAAUAUGUAAUCAAUUGAAUAAUUGUAUUAUUAAAAUUAAUAAAUUAAUUAAAAAUCGAAUUAAUAGAGUACAAACUUGGACUGGAGUUGGAAAUGAAAAUGUUAAUGAUCAAUUUAUAAAAGAUGAAGAAGAUUUAAGAUUUCAAAUUGAUGGAAUUAUAUCAACAAUGUCAUUUGUAUUAAAUCAUAAUUUAAAUACAAGUUUGAAAUUGAAAAAUCAAUUAAUUAAAUUAAAUUCAUUAAUUAUGUCAGAAGUUGAUUUUAAAUCAUUAUUAUCAAAAAAUUCUGAUUAUCAUUUAUCCAAAUUAUGUCAUUUAGUUGGACAUUGGAGUUUCCCAGCUCAUGAAUUAACAAAUGAUGAUUUAAUUUAUUGUGUAUUUAUAAUGAUCAAAUAUUCUUUGGAUCAAUUACAAAAUGAUUAUCCAAAAGAUUUAUAUUUACCAAAUGAAAAUGAAUUAUUAGGAUUUGUAUUUAUGGUUAGAGAUACUUAUAAAAAUGGGAAUCCAUUUCAUAAUUUCCGUCAUGCAGUUGAUGUUUUACAAGCAUGUUUCCAUUAUUUAGUUCGUCUUAAUUGUUUAGCUCCUUUUAAACAAUUAGAAAAUGAUCCAAAAUCAAAUGAAUUAUUAUAUCUUAAUGAUGAAACACCCAUUUUAAAAUCAACCAUACUUUUACCUAUAAAUGAAGCUUCUGAAGAAGAUUCUGAAGAAGGAGAAAGUAAUCAUUCAAUUUCAAGAAAAUCAAGUGCUUCAUUUCAUUCAACAACUACUUCCAAAAUUUUAACCACCACCACUACUUUAAAUAAUGAUACCGGUAAACCAUUAUCAAUUCAUGCAUCCCAAUCAAUUUCAUUUGAUUCAUCAGAAGCACAUUUAACUCCAUUACAAACUUUUGGAUUAUUGAUUGCCGCAUUAGGACACGAUGUUGGACAUCCAGGUGUAACAAAUGCUUUUAUGAUUGAAUAUGAUUCACCAACUUCAUUAUUAUAUAAUGAAAGAUCCGUUUUAGAAAGUUUCCACUCGUCAAUUUUCAUUAAUAAAAUAUUAUCAAUUAACUGGCCAGGAUUAUUAGAAGUAGAAACCGAUCCAGAAUUUAAAUUAAGUUUUAAACAAUUGAUUAUUAGUUGUAUUUUAGCAACCGAUAUGGCAGAACAUUUUGAAUAUAUUGAUAAAUUAACUACUUUUAAAUUAGAUCUGGAUCGUGCCAAUAGUAAUAAAGUUAAAUUAAUUUCAAGUUUAUUAAUCAAAUGUGCUGAUAUUUCAAAUGUUACUAGACCUUUGAGAGUCAGUUCUCAAUGGGCGGCUGUUUUAUCCAGAGAAUUUAAUGAAGUUACCAUCCUACAAAAUAAAAUUAAUAAUGAUGAUACCGAUUCUGAUGACAUUCAUUAUUCUCACGUUCCAAGUGAUUUGGACUCAAUCUUGAGUGAAAAUCCAAAUUUACAUAAAGGUCAAAUUUUCUUCAUUGACACUUUUGCUGAAAAUUUAUUCCACAAUAUCGUGGAGUUAUUACCCGAGUUGAAAUACACUUGCGAUAUAAUCCUUGAAAAUAAAGAUUAUUGGUAUAAUCGUUCCCAGAAUUCAUAA